AUGGAAAGUGAAAAGAGCGAGAUAUUCGGAUCGUCUAGGGAGUCAAAGGCUUCGGUCUUUGGUCUCGAGGACCUCUACCCCGAAGAAGACGAACCAUCCAGCUCAACGCAAGCCGAAGAUCAGACACCACCCGAGUACACACCCCAAUAUACACCUCAACGCCAAUGGCCAAUGCCCCUCAACAUCGUAGUCCAAGUCGUCGGCUCCCGAGGCGACGUCCAGCCCUUCCUCGCCCUCGCCUCGGCCCUCCAGAAAGCAGGCCACCGCGUCCGCAUCGCAACACACCCCCAAUUCUCCUCCUUUGUCCUCGAAUCCAAUACCUCCGUCCCAGCCUCUUCGAAUAAGAUCGAGUUCUUCCCCAUCGGGGGCGACCCAGCCGACCUAAUGGCCUACAUGGUCGAGUCCCCGUCCCUGAUCCCCAAAAUGUCCCAGAUCCGUGCAGGCAUCAUCCAGCGGAAACGCGACAUGUAUGUCGAGAUGCUCGACGGCUUCUGGCGGUCGUGUAUCCACCCAGACCCUCUGUCCAACGUACCCUUUGUCGCCGACGCCAUUAUUGCCAACCCGCCGAGCUUCGCUCACGUGCACUGCGCCCAGGCGCUGGGGAUCCCGGUGCAUUUGAUGUUUACGAUGCCGUGGAGCAGCACCAAGGCGUUUCCCCACCCGCUGGCGAAUAUUGGGUUCUCGAAGGCGGAUAAGAAGAGUACGAAUCAUGCUUCGUAUGCUGCUGUUGAGUUCUUGACGUGGCAGGGCUUGGGAGAUCUUGUCAAUGCGUGGAGAGUCCAGUCACUUGGCUUGGAACCAGUGCCGUCUACCGAGGGACAUCGUAUACUAGAAAGUCUGCAAGUCCCGUUUACAUACUGUUGGUCACCGUCUCUCGUGUCCAAGCCCAGCGACUGGGGUCCGCAUAUUGACAUCAGCGGCUUCUUCUUCCGCGACCCUGCACCGUAUACACCACCUCCAGAUCUCGAAGCCUUCCUCAAGGCCGGCCCGCCACCCAUAUACGUCGGAUUUGGGAGUAUCGUGGUCGGUGGGAUUGGGGGGCUCAUGACCAUGGUCCUUAGCGCCAUCAAGGCAACGGGCGUCAGAGCCAUCAUUUCGAGAGGCUGGAGCAACUUGAACGGCGAGGAGUCGGACAACGUCUUCUAUGUGGGCGAUUGUCCGCACGAGUGGCUAUUCCAGCAAGUCGCUGCCGUCAUCCACCACGGCGGCGCCGGUACCACGGCCUGCGGACUGAGAUACGGAAAGCCUACAACCAUCGUUCCCUUCUUUGGAGACCAACCGUUCUGGGGCGCCGUUGUAGCAGAAGCCGGCGCCGGACCAGAUCCCAUCCCCUACCGCUCCCUCACAUCCCAAAAGUUAAUCCAGGCCAUCCAGCUCUGCCUCUCCCCGGACGCCGUCCGAUCAGCCAGAAAGCUCGCAGACUCGAUGGAGAAGGAGAACGGCGUCCAGGCCGCCGUCGACGCCUUCCACGCCAACCUGCCGCAAGGGAAAAAGCAGGUCAAGAUGUGUCGGCCCGUCGCGUCCAUUUUGGUCAAGAAUGGGAAGCUGCAGCGGAAGCAGCUCAAGUCAUACCGGUCGAAACCGACAAAUAUUGAAAACCAAAGAUGGGACCCCCUAACCGCAGUGUCAGCAGCCUCCCUCUCGACAAUCGUCAAAAUGGCAGGCGCCACGGCCGACAUCAUCGUGAAGCCUUUUGAACAGUAUAAACGCACUAGCGAGUCCGGCGAGAACCUUGAAGAUCAAAUGGAGAACACACGGAGACACAGCCAAGCGCCCGCGUUCGCCAUGCUGCCUCUGCCCGGCGUCGGGGUCUCAGACGGAGCAGUAGCAGCGGCGGAGAAAACACCCUCGGAUAUGACUAUAGCUCGACCACCGCCAUCCAGGGGUAGUCAAGAAUCAUCUUCCGGUGGUGCAAAACCGGGCGCAAUGGCAGCGGCAGCGGCUAACGGCGUGGGAAAACUCGCGGGCAAUGCGACAAAGGGCCUGCUCGUCGACAUACCCCUCGCCGUCACCGAAGGUCUCCGCGCAGUACCCAACCUCUACGGCGAUACCGUACGCAAGCACGACGCCGUGGAAGGGUUCCGCAGCGGCGUUUCUGUGGCGGGCAAGACGUUCUGCCAGGACAUGAAGGGCGGUCUAACGGAUAUCUUCAUCCACACGUACACUGGCAAAAAAGAGCAGGGUGCACUGGGCGCGGCGAAGGGGUUGGGCAAAGGCGUGGUUAGUCUUGUGACGAAGAGCACUGCCGCGACGUUUGGGUUGGUGAGUUAUCCUGCGCAGGGGAUUUAUAGAAGUAUUUGGGCUGCGUCGUAUGCGGAUACGAGGAGGAGUAUUGAGGAUGAGAAGUUGCUUGAAGGGGACUGGAUGGUUUCCAUGAGCCCCGGGUGGAAGAUGGAUCAUGCUGCUAUUGUGGAGGAUUUUGAGGGUAUGAGAGGGACGAGAGGGCAGUGA